AUGCACAGACGGUCGUCUGGCUCCCCUGUCGCGGACGACACUGAAGAUUCCUCCAGAUCCGAUGAUCAUGGCUCCAAUGCCACGGAUUCUUCCACCGAUAAAUCUCGUUCCAACAUAGCCCGUCACGGAACUAGCUUCGAUCUCCGUCGCGAUAACGGUUCUUCCACGCCGCGCUCGCGGAAUUCGAGCCUGUGGCGCACGCCCUCCUCCCAACCUUCCAACGAUACAAAAACUAUGCCAUUGGGUUCGCCGCGUCUCCCCAUGGACGCUCCCUCCCCCGAGGGCCGUCGCGCACAUCACUCUCGUCAGCGCAGUCCCUGGUCCUCCUCCAUUUUGACCGCUUGCACCACUUUCUUCGCCGUGGCGUUCUUGUUAUCUAUCGUUCGCUCGUUCACGGGUCGCUCCACCGGUGGAGAUGGCUGUGCCGUCCCCAUGAUGAGUCCGACUUUUAUUCGCAUGUUGGAAUUCGAUACGGAAUAUACCCGCUUCGCAAGCAAAUAUAAUUUGUUCCUUUAUCGGGAGGAAGGUGUGGAUCCAUAUACUCAGGAUAAUAUCGGGUUAAACGGUGUACCGGUUCUGUUCCUUCCCGGCAACGCAGGUAGUUACCGACAGGUCCGGUCUUUGGCCGCGGAGGCUUCGCGACAUUACUACGAUGUGGUACGCCAUGAUGAGGAUCGACAUGCGGCCGGUACGCGGAGUUUGGAUUUCUUCAUGGUCGAUUUCAACGAGGAUAUGGCGGCGUUUCACGGCCAGACCUUACUCGAUCAAGCCGAGUAUGUGAAUGAGGCUAUUGCGUAUAUUUUGUCUCUUUAUCAUGAUCCGCGACGGACCCGACGAGACCCCGGACUCCCAGAUCCGAGUGCCGUGAUCCUUAUCGGACACUCGAUGGGUGGGAUUGUGGCGCGCACGGUUCUUACAAUGGCUAAUUACCAGGCGAACUCGGUGAAUUCGAUCAUUACCAUGUCUGCGCCGCAUGCAAGACCGCCCGUCUCGUUCGAUUCCGAUAUCGUCCAUACCUAUAAGCAGAUCAACGACUACUGGCGCGAGGCUUAUUCCCAAACGUGGGCCAACAAUAAUCCUUUGUGGCAUGUUACUCUCGUCUCUAUUGCAGGUGGUUCGCGGGAUACCGUCGUGCCAUCCGAUUACACCAGUAUUUCGUCCCUUGUCCCCGAGACUCAUGGCUUUACGGUGUUCACGUCUUCCAUCCCCGACGUGUGGAUUGGCAAUGACCAUCUUUCUAUCACUUGGUGCGACCAAUUCCGCAAGGCGGUAAUCAAAUCCUUGUUUGAAAUGAUCGAUGCUCGACGACCUACUCAAACUAAACCUCGAGCGGAACGCGUGCGCAUUCUCAAAAAGUGGUAUUUGACUGGAUUGGAGGACGUUGCGGAAAGAACACUAGCACAGAAGGAACCCGAUGUUCUUUUGACACUGGAGGAUAAUGCCAACACCAUUCUUGCUCAGGGACAACGGCUGACCCUCCGUGAGAUGGGCAAGCGCCAUGGCCCUGAUGUUCACCUUUUGCCAAUCCCACCCCAGGGUGUCGCGGGAAAGAAGUUCACUCUUCUUACGGACCAGGUCAUUGGUGCCCAGGCAAAUAUCGAGGUUCUCUUUUGCAGUGUCUUCCCUCUUAACAACGGUCGUUCAACUGUGUUUUCUAUGAAUAUGGAUUUCUCAGGUGGGACUGUCGGGUCGACACGGUUAGCUUGCAAGAGUUCAGCAGAAGAUGUGAUUCAUUUGCCUGCGUCUACUUCCUCAUCAAAGAACGCCUAUGACCGUGUACCACCAUUCUCGUACCUGCAGUACGAUCUGGAGGGUCUCGCCGAGCAUCAAUUUGUCGCUGUGGUGGACAAGGCUAGUGUGCCUUCCCAGGGCUUUUUGGUCGCAGAGUUCUCCGAAAGCUCAGAUGCCAUGAUUCGCGCUAAAGUAGGAUUAGGUGGUUUGUUGAGUGCUGGAAUCAAAAUGCGACUUCCUGCCCAUCGACCCAUGCUUAUGGAAGUCAAGGUUCCAGCUUUACACUCCAGCUUACUCGACUAUCGUCUUAAAAUUACGCGUCAUCCCCAAAAGGAUGAGUUGUUUGCCCCUCUGCUGAGACAAUCUAUUCCCGAUCCCCAUGAAUCGAAGUUCUUCGUCAAUGUUGACGACGUCCAAGUCAAUCUGCACGGCGUUGCCCCCUUCAUGCCACCUCCACUUCGGGAACAGGCUGCUCAGACUGGCGUGUCAUUUCAACUUUGGACCGAUCCCAGCUCCGGUUCUACGGUCGACAUCUCACUUCAGGUCGAUAUUAAGAGCAGUCUCGGUGAACUGGUUAUGCGAUACCGUACGAUUUUCGCUGCAUUCCCGCUGUUAGUCGUGGCUCUGGUGCUCCGCAAGCAAUUCCAGAUCUAUGACGAGACGGGUACUUUCAUUCCCUUCAAUGAUGGCCUUGAUCGAGCUUUGCGGUCUUCUCUGCCCCUUUUGCUUGUCGCUAUGUCACUUUUCGCAACGUCUCUUGCCACCUCGAGGGCUUUGCCUCAGUCCGAUGAUCCAUUCCAUUUGAGGACAAACUCGACAGAGAGUCCGGUGGAUUUCACUAAGAAUGAUCUUCUUUUAGGAUCAGAGGAUGCGUUCUUCUGGUUCCUUGUUCCGAUCUUCGGAAUCAUCAGUGUUGGUGCUUGUGUGAUAAUUAAUUAUGCUGCUCUCUUCCUUGUCAACAUAUUUUCGUUGAUGUAUGGUGCUGUGAACAGCAAGUCGGGUUAUAUCCGACGCGAAGAUCGAGGAAGUAUCCCGAUUUUCAGCACUCCCACGCCUCGCCGACGUGUCAUUCACACGGUAGUGCUAUUGAUACUUGUUUCGACUAUAAUCCCAUACCAAUUCGCCUAUAUGGUGGCGUGUAUUGUACAACUGGCGACUUGUGUGCGAGCUCAGUGGCAUGCCAAGGAUACCAGAUCCACUUCUCACCUUAAUUUCGGCAACUACGCCCACUCCAUUCUCAUUCUUAUGUUAUGGAUCCUCCCUAUCAAUGUCCUCGUUCUCCUGGUCUGGGCACACAACCUCGUGGUACACUGGUUCAUGCCCUUCUCCUCCCAUCACAAUGUCCUAUCCAUUAUGCCAUUCCUACUUCUCGUAGAGACUAUGACCAGUGGUGCGAUGAUCCCACGCAUCACAACUCGAUUCAAACACGUCACCUCAACAAUCUUCUUCGCCAUCGCAAUGUAUUCCGCUGUCUACGGUGUGACCUACGCUUAUCUUCUUCACCACCUUGCAAACCUCCUCGCUGCCUGGUUCGUUGGGAUCUACCUAGUCGGCAACAAUUUCUCCCCACGCCGCUUAUGGCGCAUUAUCGACGGCGACGAACUCCCAUCCGAUUCGGGCAGUCGCCACGUCAAGAAAAAGCCAUGA